AUGUCCAAGUUACCCUGCAGCUAUGAUCCUGAGAAGAGGAUCUGGAAGGGCAUGCCCCAGUACACCCCCUUCAAGCCAGAUACCUCCCUCGGCCGUAUCAUCUUCAAGAACAUGAGGAACUGGCCCCAGAACGUCUGUCAGAUUUCGGACACCGAGGGCGUGGAGGUCACAUUCGGUCAGGCUCUUACCUGGGCCGUUCGCAUCGCACAGCACCUGAAGAGCCGUGGCCUUGACCACAAGGAUAUCAUCGGUAUCUCUGCCAAGAACACCACCUAUGUGAUGCCCAUCGCAGUGGCCUGUUUCUUCCACGGAACACCCUUCCAGUCGGCGAACCCUAUUCUCGAAGAAUCUACGCUCAAGCACUUAUACACCAUCUCCAAGCCAAAAAUAAUAUUCACCGAUGCCGUGCACUAUGAGAAAUUGUACUCCGCCACCAGCGACUUUAAGCCAGAGAUUAUCCUCACCACCGGCACCAAGGAGGGAGUCCUCAGUAUACAGGAUCUGCUGCAUCCGACUAAGACGGAGUUCUAUUACCAGCCAACGCCCCUGAAGGAAGGACCCAAGCAGACAGUGGCCAUCCUUACUUCAUCCGGCACCACAGGAAUGCCCAAGGCUGUGUGCAUCUCCAACGAUAUCCUGACCCAGGAAACUAUCUUCGUCAACUCCAGCGACACCAUCUUCAUCUCGGCCAGCCUGGACUGGAUCACGGGUCUGUGGGCCACCAUUUUCAGCACGGUGAAUGGCUGCACUCGUAUCAUCAGCAGCAACCCCUUCACCGCGGAUUACUUUGUUUCUCUGGUGAGGAAGUACCGCAUCACGUACGCUCUGAUUCCGCCGGAGCACUGCUGCGCUCUGCUGGACUGCCCAGCGGCAACACCGGAGGCAAUGGGUAGCCUUACCAAGCUGAACUUCGGUGGCGGCCGCAUGACACAGGCCACCUUGGAACGCAUCAAGAAGCUGGCACCCAACGGAGUGCUCAACUCCUCGUACGGCAUGACUGAAGUGGGUUUCAUUGUGUUCAAUCAUGGACACUUGAAGCUGACGGCGGCUGGCAACCCGCUGCCGGGCAUCCAGAUAAAGAUCGUUGAUGACGAUGGCAACAGCUUGGGCCCGAACCAGACGGGUGAGAUCAUUGUGCACAAUGGCUUCAACUGGAACGGAUACUUUGCGGACCCCGUGGCCACCAAGGAGAUGCAGGACGAGGAGGGUUGGUUCCACACCGGUGACAUGGGCCACUUCGAUGAGGACGACUACCUGUACAUGACCGAUCGCAAGAAGGAGGUGCUCAAAUGGAAGGGCCUACAAAUGUCGCCCGCCGAGGUGGAGGCAGUCAUUGACGAGCUGCCGGAGGUGAAGCGCGUCUGUGUCAUUGGUGUCUAUGACGAGACGCAGGGCGAUGUGCCCGGAGCCCUGAUUGUCCGCGAGGAGAACGCCACCCUCACCGCCCAGCAGGUGAUAGACCAUGUGGCCAAGCGGCUUCCCGACAUCCAGAAGCAGUUGCGUGCCGGUGUCCAAUUCGCGGAUGAGAUUCCUCAGAACCACAACGGCAAGGCUGUGCGUCGCUAUGCCCGUGAUCUGUUCGUGGCCCUCUCCAAGAAGAACUGA